CUCAAAGUCGCUAACGUUAAGGUCCGAUCCUAGAUCCAUGGACGGAGUCGGGACUUGCCCCUCACCGUCUUCCGUCCACGGUCCGUGAUGGACGGAAACAUGAUGCUGAGUCUGAGGAAGCCACAUCUUAUAAAAGGGAUUGAACCACAGUCUCUCAUGAUAUCCAAACCAGAGACUCUGAUCCGGAUUUGUGAUCAGACAGCAAUUUGAUAACACCAACACACGCAAUGGCAGCUAAAAACGAACGCAUUAUCAUUAUCGGGGCGGGUAUCUUUGGCCUGGGAACCGCCCUGACAUUGAAGGAGGAGGGUUAUCGCUCUGUGACCGUCCUCGACCGAGCCAUGCCCCCUGUUCCCGAUGGUUCCAGCAACGACAUUUCCCGUGUCAUUCGAUUCGAUUACGGAGAUGAGGUAUACGCUCGCAUGGGCAAGGAGGCUUUCGACCUAUGGAAGACCCCUGCCUACAAAGAAGCCUUCCAUCAAUCUGGAUGUCUCUGGGUGACUCAGGAGGAAACCCCCGGACAGCCUGUGCAGCCCGCCGCCAAGGAAUACAGUCGCAAAACCAGAGAGAUUCUGACCAAGAUGGGCGAGCCCUGGCACUCAGUCCCCACGGUGGAAGAUUGCAAGCGGGAAUUCCCCGAAUUGACGGGCCCGCUGGCCAAUCCGGGCUUCUACUCCUUCUUCAACAACUCGGGCGGAUGGGCAGAUGCAGGUCUCGCAUGUGCUCGUGUGGCAGCUCGGUGUAUCGCCGCGGGUGUGUCAUUCAUCACUGGCCCCGAUGGCCAAGUGACUGACUUCGAGAAGAGGGCGGACGGCACCAUCGAAGCGGUCCGCACCAGCAGUGGCAACCGCAUCACUGGUGACAAGUUCAUCGUCGCCACCGGUGCCUGGACCGCCAGUCUUGUUCCAUCGUGGAACUCCAUGGUCGCGGCCGCUCAGAUCGUCGGAUACAUGCGCCUCAGCCCCGAGGAAAUGAUCCGGCUGAGGAAUAUGCCUGUCUACUUCAACCUCUCCACCGGGUUCUUCUGCUUUCCUCCCCAUGACGGAACCAAUAUCUUGAAGGUCGCCGUCCACAGCUAUGGCUACACCCACUCGCAAAACGGCAUUUCUGCACCUCCAGCUGCCCCGCCCUCCGCCCGCGCCAACUUCAUCCCCGACGAGGCCGUGGAACGUCUGAACCUCGGGAUGAAGGAUCUCUUCCCAGACCUGGAGCCCAAGGGCUGGGAGCGGGUCGCGCUAUGCUGGUACAACGACACCCCGAGCGGUGAUUUCAUCCUGGAUUAUCACCCGCAACACAAGAACAUGUUCAUCGCCACCGGUGGUAGCGGACAUGCCUUCAAAUUCCUGCCCGUAAUCGGCAAGUAUGUCGUUGGAUGCUUCGAAAAGAAGCUCUCGCAAGACCUGUUGCAGAAAUGGAAAUUCCCCACCGAGUACAAAGAGCGCUUCCAGGACGAUGUAUUCAAGGGUGACGGAAGUCGCGGAGGCCCUGAGAGGAGAGAGUUAACUCCUCAGGAACAUGAGAGAUUUGCCGGCGCUUUGAUAGCUGCUUCGACAAGGCAGAGCAAGCUGUGAAAGGAGACGCUGAUACUUUUAUUCCUGGAAGCAUAUAUAUACCCGCUGAACCGCAACCGGUUGUUUGUAAUGUGAGAUGAAAUUUUGUUACGUUUGACGUGAAGAGAGUUGUUGUCGAUUGAGAAUGCGUUCUAUCGCAGGCUACAAGGACAAUAGACUGCUA